AUGAAUGUAGAAAAAAUCAAAAAGUUGCAACAGAAUGCAGCUCAGGUGCGGACAGGUGGGAAGGGCACUGCACGAAGGAAGAAGAAGGUUGUGCAUAAGACCGCAGCCACUGAUGACAAAAAAUUGCAAAGCAAUCUCAAGAAGCUUUCAGUUACAAACAUUCCUGGGAUUGAAGAGGUCAAUAUGAUAAAAGAUGAUGGGACUGUGAUACAUUUCAAUAAUCCAAAAGUACAAGCAUCUGUCCCAGCAAACACAUUCUCGGUGACAGGAAGUGCAGAAAAUAAACAAAUUACUGAAAUGUUGCCUGGUAUUCUCAACCAAUUGGGAGCAGAAUCAUUGACACAUUUGAAGAAGUUAGCAAACAAUGUUACUAGUCAAUUCAAAUCUAAUGAUGACGACGAUGUUCCAGAUCUUGUUGGUGAUUUCGAUGAGGCAUCAAAGAAUGAAUCUAAAGUCGGUGACUGUAAACACGAGCAUGGACAUGAACACGGACAAAGUUUUCAUCAUGAAGGUGGAGAAAUGGAAGCUAAACUGGCUGCAUGA